UCUUUUUUAUUGUAAGCCAUUGCUGUAAAACAUAAAAACUUCAGCAACAGGUGAGCUGCGAUGCACAGAUAAGUUGCAUUUAUAUGUAGGGUUGAAAGAAGAUAGCUGUCACUAAAGUGCAUUAUCGCAUUUAAAUGUUUUUGUCUGGAAUCGGAAAACACAAGAUCUUAAACUUGACCAAAAUCGAGUUGUAUUUUGAUAAGCUGUAAAAUAAACAGAAGUAUGGCCAUAGCUCAAUACAAUUUAGUUUGGAAUUCAUAUAAAAACAACAUUUGUAAUGGAUUCGCUAUGUUGCAGCAAAAAGCAGAGUUUGUGGAUAUGACUCUAGUUGCUGGGGGUCAUUUAGUUAAAGUUCAUAAGAAUAUUGUAGCUCUGGCAAGCCCUUAUAUAAAGCACAUGAUACAAUCAGCACCAUGUGAACAUCCUGUUAUAUUUUUAAGUAGUAUCACUCAUGAGAUUCUCUCAUAUAUUUUAGAAUAUAUAUACACUGGUGAAGUAAAUGUAGAAGUAGAUAAAAUCAAAUCUUUUAUAAAUGCAGCCACAGAGCUUCAUAUCACUGGCAUCAGUAAUGACUUGCCACUUGGGACUACUGAACAAAUUAACUCUACACUAGACAAAUCCAAGAAGACAGAGGAAGUCAGGUCUGAUUGUGCAGCAAACAACAAUAAUAAAAAGGAUUUACCCACAAUCGAUCUGAGUUUUAAUGAAAACGGUUUUGUCAAUCAACUGGAGACAAAUGCAAACAGUUUUAGUGAAUGGUUACAAGAUACAGACUCACAGAAUGCAAAUUUUGAAUGCAAUCAUUUAGAAAAGACAGAUCUAUUAAACAGUGUUAAUCUGGAACAAAUAUCCCAACCAACAUCCAAAGUUGAAAUUAAUAUAAAUGGAUCCAUUCCUCAACAAUACACCGUGUCCAAGAGAGGGUCUUUGCAAUUAAUUCUAAAUCGGUUCAUGUAUUGUAUGCAUCAUCAGUCUUUGGGUGGAAAAAAGAGAAGGUGGAGAUGCAUAGACUAUCGUCUGUUACAUUGUCCAGCGUACAUUGACACAAUUAAUGACCAAAUAAUGAAUAGGCAAAAUAUUCAUUGUCAUCCAUACCAUGAUGAAAAAAUUAUGAGGAAUAUUAAAAAGAAUUUAGUGUUUGGUUCACUGAAUGUUGCCAUUCAAAAAUCUGGAAAAUUACAUGACACUAAUAAUGAAGAAAUAAUGGAUGAUAAUGAUUGAAAUACAAUCAAAAAUUGUAUUUGGCUGCUAUUCUUUUAUUUUUAAGAUGUUUUGAAAGGUUCUAUUGCGUUAAUUUUAUUUUAAAAAAAAUAAAGAUUAAUGUCCAGUAGUAAA